AUGUCCUAAGAUAAUAAAUAAGAUUAAGAUUUAUCAAACUUAACUCUCGCUGAAUUAUAAAAGAUUUAAGAGGAAAAAAGAUUCGAUAAGCUUUUAGACUAAGAAAACCUCAAUAGAUAAAAACAAUCUAAGGAUAAUGAGAACAAUAUAAUAAAAAAUGAAGAGUCAUAGCAAACUAUCAAAUUAUCUUCAGAUGAUCCUGCUGAAUUGUAUGAGAAAUUAAAGCAGAAAUGGGGACUUGAAGAGAAACAGAAACCACAAGAUGGAAGUAGAUUAUAAUUAUAUUAUAUAAUAGUAAGAGCAGAAUAAACAAAGAGCAAACUUGAAGUGUUAUUAGAAGAGAGAAGAAAUAGAAAACCACCGAAACUUUAAUAAAUUCAGAAUGAUUACAUGCAAUAAAUACAGGAUGAAACAGUGGUUGAUUCUGUAUAUAGUAAGGAAGGGCCUAUGCCAAAAACAAUUUAAUAGAUGCUGACAGAGUAUUAGGGAAUAAAGGGAGCUGUUAAUAUUGGGUAGGAGUGGACUGAUAUCAUUUAAUAAGGAGUAAAGACAAAUUUAAGGAAUCAAGAAUAAGCUGCCAAUAGUAAUAGUUCAGAAUAACUAAUUAGAUUACUUUUGGUUGAUGGCAAAGAAAGGACGUUUAGGAGUAGAUGGAUUUGCAAUAGCUUUUGGAAUAUUUGGAAUAAUCCUUCUUCCGAUUUAUUUUUAUUAGAGAUAAAAUCGAAGGAGAGGUGCAUACAAGUAGGAGAUCAAGAUAGUUUCUGGAGUAAAGGACUGGGAGAAUUCCACUCUAGAUAUUGAUGAUGUUUCAGUGUAGCAAACAUAUUAUACUUUGUUUUCUGAGGAGAUAUAAGAACUAAUGAAAAAGAAGAUGGUGGUUUAAUAAUAGAUCAGUAAGCUUUUGGGGAGAGAAAAAUGAUAAAUAUCAGAUUUAUUUUACAUGAG